GGCACAUUGGAAUGGCGCUCAGUAGUCUGUUCGCUGCUGAAACAAGCUAGCCACCGACCUGCUACACAACAACAUUGUGUACACUCGCUUUUCUUCGCUGUCGAGUCCAGCUCAAUUUAAAUCGACACACGUUUGUUGACUUUGGGUUGUCGACUGGCCCAGAAAGUGGUCAUUUAAGACGAUCACCGUCGUAGACUAUUGAAGUUGGCGCUAGCAUGAACGUAAGCUAGCACUGAAGCUAACAACAAGUUAGAGCCCUUCUCUCAACCAGCAAAUUUAUGUCACAUGAUGGCGUCAAACAGCAGACUUCAACCUCUAUCGUGAUCUGCGGGAAUCCAUUUAGGGCUCCUUGGUCACUAGCCUUUAGCAGGGCCUCUUUGCCUGGUGGUGAUGCUUGUGGUGGUUGCUUGAUGGGGCUUUUCAGGGUCAUGAUGCCGCCCAAGUUUCAGCUUUUGGCGCUUUUGACGUUUGGGGUGACCAUGCUCUUUAUUGAGAACCAGAUCCAAAGACUGGACGAGUCAAGAGCCAAGCUCGAGCGUGCCAUGGCCAGACACGAGCUGGUGGCGGAGCAACGUCACGGCGAAGACGCCGCUCGUGACCUCUCGUCGCCGUCGGCUGAAGGACGCGACGGUCACGCCGACGACAUGGUCAUCAUCUACAACAGAGUACCCAAGACGGCCAGUACGUCCUUCACCAACAUUGCCUAUGACCUCUGCGCCAAGAACCGCUUCCAUGUGCUGCACAUCAACACCACCAAGAACAACCCCGUCAUGUCUCUGCAGGACCAGAUGCGCUUUGUACGCAAUGUCACCUCCUGGCGAGAGAUGAAGCCCGGCUUCUACCACGGCCACGUUGCCUAUCUGGACUUCUCCAAAUACGGUGUAAAGGGCAAGCCGCUCUACAUUAACGUGGUGCGAGACCCCAUCGAGCGCCUGGUGUCGUAUUACUACUUCCUACGCUUUGGCGAUGACUACCGGCCCGGCCUACGGCGAAGAAAGCAAGGCGACAAGAAGACCUUUGAUGAGUGCGUGGCUUCAAGCGGCUCAGACUGCGCCCCCGAGAAGCUCUGGCUGCAGAUCCCCUUUUUCUGUGGUCACCAUUCGGAGUGCUGGAAUGUGGGCAGUCAGUGGGCACUGGAGCAGGCCAAGUACAACCUGGUGAAUGAAUACCUGCUGGUGGGCGUGACCGAGGAGCUGGAGGACUUCAUCAUGAUCCUAGAAGCAACUCUGCCACGUUUCUUCAAGGGAGCCACUGAGCUCUACAAGACAGGAAAGAAGUCCCACCUGCGCAAGACCACUGAGAAGAAGCCCCCCACCAAGGAGACAAUCAACAAGCUGCAGCAGUCCAAAAUCUGGAAGAUCGAGAACGAGUUCUACGAGUUUGCGCUGGAGCAGUUCCAGUUCGUGCGCGCACACGCUGUCAGGGAGAAGGACGGUGAGCUUUUGGUGCUGGCCCAGAGCUUCUUCUAUGAGAAGAUCUACCCCAAAGCCACCUGAGCAUCGACGCCGGCGGGAAGUCGCACACACUGGGAGAACACAUCGACAUGCUGGAUUCUUGCUAUUUGAACACUUUGAUGCACGGACAAACACUUUGCAAUUGUUUACAGGAAAUGUCUACGUUUUACAUUCUGGUGCGCGUCGGUGGGAUGUAGCAGACUGUGAAACAGAACCAGAGUGGACUGAUUGAGCACCUUCCAAGUGAAAAUCUCAUGCUGAAGACUUUUGUACACUACAUUUCUAGUGCACCAGUGCUUGUUUACACAAGUGAGACUGCAGUCAAAGGUGCGUUUGUACAAACAUGCUCGGACCAAAUACCAGCGUAGGACCACGGCAUCCCUCUGCUGCUGACUUGGCGCUUUUCUUUUUAAAUGCACAAGCAUAUUCUAUGAUACACUACAUCGACAGAAGUAUUGGGACAGGAGAUGGACUAGAGCUCUAAGUUCUUCAUUUUUUAUCUUAUCAAGACGUGUUGGACAAUUGCAUGCUUCCAAUUUUGUGGGAACACUUGUGGGAGAUGGUCCUGUUUGGUUCCCAGUGCACAAAGCAAGGUUCAUGAAGGCAUGAUUGGAGGAGUUUGGUGUGGAAGAGCUAGAACAGGUCCAACAUCUGCAACCUCACAAAUGGACACGCUUGUAGGAAGUCUUACCAGAAGAGAGGAAGCAGUUUCUUUUCCUUCAUCUUUCCCAAUACUUUUGUUGUUGGUACAGGUGGUCCUCGGUUUUACGGCGUUCUGUGUUAAGACGUUUUGGGGUUACAAACACGCUCCCAUAUCCAUCCAUCCAUCCAUCUUCUUGCACUUAUCGCAGGUUGAGUCGCGGGGGUAGCGGCCCUUGACAAGAAGUUCAGGCCAGUUGUGAGACAGUCUCUACAACGUGUCUUAGGUCUUUCCUGAGGCCUCCUCACUGGUCGGACUUACUUCAGACGCAUUAGCCAUCUCAUCUGGCUCCUCUCAGUGCGGAGGGGCAGCGGCUCUACUUCAAGUCUCUCCCAGUUAACAGUGCUUCUCACCCUAUCUCUAGCGGCUAGUACUGCGCGCUCAUAAAGUCUUUAAAAAAUGUAAUUUUGGUCCUUAAACACGAGAUUAGCUCGAGAACUAGUCAUGGCGCAGUGCGUGCCUUGUGCUGGGUGGAAGAAUACAGUGUAGAAUAGCAUAUCUUAUUUGUUCAUUUUCUGCACUUCAUGUCACUCAAGCGGCAGUGCGCCAAAGAAAAGGAAAGCCACCACCAUGGAUGUGAAAAUAAACAUCAUAAAAAGUUCCGAGAGAGGCAACACAUGCAAUGCAGCAAUGUUGGCCGCUGUUUUGGUCCCAACUGCUCGACUGCCGCGACCAUCAUUAAGGAGAAAGCUUAUUGGAUGGUAGUGAGGGGUCAUGGAUUCUGUGCGCUGUUGCAGGGACAUCUGAGAGGAGGCGAGGUGUUUAUCCUUCCACACUAGCCUGGGACAAUAUUUUAAGAAGGUAGAACAACCACGAGCUGUCGUUUUAUUAUUGUUUUUUAUAUUACUGUAUUUUCUAUGUCCUUCAUGUGUUCUGUAUACAGUGUGAGUGACCACCAUGGUCGCCUAGGAAUUGAACUCGUUCAUAACCCGAGGACCACCUGUGUAGUGUACGUCACGCCAGUAAUUUACCACUCGUCCAUCUUUUGGCGGCUCGUCGCCAACGUGCUGAAUGCAAGUGGAUCAGUGCAGGGUCUUUGAGCUGAUAGUGCCUUUUUGCAUUCUUCUUAGCACAGCUUUGUGUUGGCACUGCACUGUUUUGCACGUCCGCUUCCAUUUUCAGACAUAAACACGUACCUUCAAAUGUCUCUUUUUUUUUUUUUUUUUUGUUUUCUUUUUUAUGUCAGUCUUAUCAGGGAUGUUUGUCCUCCACUACACAAAGACACACUUCUUGGUUUUUGGACCUGUUUCUUGAACCAAUUCUCCAUUUCGGCCCCCUCAUGGCUGAAUAAUUGCCUCACUAAUUGUUGCAUGGCGCUCAUCAGGGUGCACUUAACCACCCAAACCUUGAAGG